AUGAUCAAUCACCCAGCUAUUCGUAAAUGCAACUUCACUGGGUCAACUAAUGUCGGUCGGAUCAUCGCAUCAAAGGCCGCGUGGGCCCUCAAGCCUGUUUUGUUAGAACUCGGCGGGAAGAAUUUCGCGCUGGUGCUGAACGACGCAGACAAUGAGUUCGCAGCAGGGGAGAUUGUAAAGGGUGCCUUUCUGAACAACGGCCAAAUCUGCAUGUCUACGGACCUCGUCUUCGCCGUCAACGAUAUCACAGAGUCCCUGAUCCCCAGCAUUCUCUCUCACCUUCAAACCAUCAAGGAUCCGCACACCGUCAUUUCACCAGCCAGCAAACAGCGUCUCCAGCGCCUCGUUGACGAUGCUCGCUCUAAAGGCGCGUCCAUCCAUCAAGCAGAUCUCUCUGCUCUACAGGACGCCCAGUUCCCAGCGACCGUGAUUGAGGGUCUAACUCCUGACAUGGACUUCUUUUCCGAGGAGUCCUUUGGCCCGGUCGUUGGGGUUGUACGUGUUAAGACGGAAUCGGAGGCGAUGGACCUGAUCCAGCGAUCCACCUAUGGUUUGUCGGCGGCGAUUUUCACAAGGUCGCAUUUCAAGGCGUUGAAGCUGGCUGAGUCGAUUCGUGCGGGCGCGAUUCAUGUGAAUGGGAUGACGGUGCAUGAUGAGGCGACGUUGCCGCAUGGAGGUCAGGGAGAGAGUGGUUGGGGAAGGUUCGGGGCGAAAUGGGGGAUUGAAGAGUUCUUGCAGACGAAGACGGUGAUUUUGAAUCCGUAG